AUGAAAAAACUAUUAUUUUUUUUUUAUUGUUAUAUAUGGUUUGACUUAUUUGUUCAUGUGUCUAACUUUUAUAUAAAACCAAAAAACUAUUACACACAUAAAGCCGAACGAACAAAAAAGAGUGUGUUGAAAAGAUAUUCAUUUCAAUUAUAUAAUAAAAAACAAACAGAUCUGUAUAAUGACAAUAAAAAUUUUAUACGAAUAGAAUUUCGUCCAGGUGUAGGAGGAGAGGAAGCGUUCACAUGGUCCAAAGAAUUAUUAAACACUUACAAAUUGUUCGCAGAGAGGAAUAAAUGCAAAGUUGAAAAAAUACAAGAUAUUAGUGAUUCCUUAGUUAUAAGUUCAAAGGAAAACUUACGUAUAAUUAAAGAGGACAAACAAAUUGAAAUAAAUUUGUAUGAUCUUUUUAAAAAUGAAAGUGGUAUUCAUCAGGUGAAAAGGAUACCAAAGAAUGAUUCCAAAAAUAGGAUUCAUUCAUCCACAGCUACGGUUGCAAUAUUUUUUCAUAAAAAGGAAGAACCAAAAUAUGAAAUUAAUUUGAAAGACCUAAAAAUUUCAACAUUCAGAUCGAGUAAACCAGGUGGACAAAACGUGAAUAAGAUUGAAUCAGGUGUGUGUAUUUUACACAAACCUACAGGAAUACAAACUGAAUGCCAAGAGGAAAGAACUCAAGAAUUAAAUAAAAAACUUGCUAUGAAAAGGUUAAUUCAAAAAAUACAACAUAUGGAAAGUAAAGAAAAGGAAAAUAUGGUUCAACAUGAACGAGCUAAAUUGAUAAAAGAAAGCAAUAGAAGUAACAGAAUAAGAACGUAUAAUUUUUUCAGAGGCUACAUAACCGAUCAUAUAAAUAAAAAAAAAAUUGAUUUGAUAUAUUUUGAAAAGGGUAAAUUGGAAUACAUAUUAAAUAUAUUUUAA